AUGUAUAGGUUUAGAUAGCUUUGGAAAUUUAGCACGCUUUAAUUUCACAAAGGAGUUAGUGAAUAUUAGAAUGUCUCUGAAAAUGUUGUUUUGAGAGGAGUGACAAUUAAAGGUAGAUAUAAUGAUUUACCUAAUUUGCUGUUCUUCACAGAAGCAUGUGAUCCUGUUGAAAAUUGGAUACCAUUCUUCAGUGAUCCGAACAACAAAAUCCUGGAUUACAGAAAUGUGCAUAUUUUGAGUCCCAGAAAUUUUGGUACAUCAGAUAAACAUUAUUCAUUUGAUGUUCAAGAUUUAGCAAAUGAUGUUAUCAGAUAUAUGUACUAUAACAAAAUUACCAUGGCUACAUUAAGUGGACAUGGAUUUGGAGCUAAGGUAGCUUUGGCAGCAGGAUGUUAUCACCCAGAGAGAACAACUGGUGUAUUUUGCAUAGAUUAUUCUCCUAUGGAUUAAAGAUAUCACGAAGCAUUCACAGAAUUCAGAGGCUACAUUGCAAAGCUAUCAUAAAUAAAUACCAAAGAAUCAACCAAAUCAUAGAUUGAAACUUAUUUAAAAGACAAUAUUGAUUGUCCAAAAUGGAGAUCAAUUUUCAGUGAUAAUCUUAUUAAAUUGCCAUCUGGUUAAUGGGAUUGGAAGUUUGCACUAAAAUUCUUAAAUGAUAAUGUUUCAUUUAAUAAAGCUGAUUCCAUAGCCUUCUGGCCAGUUAAAGCAGGUCUCUUUACAGGCAGAGCUCACUUUGCAUUUCCUGAAUUCUCUAGAUGGGUCCAUCUUGGAACAAAUACUCUACCUAUGUUGAAAGUCUGUCCAUAAGUGAGAGGAUUUGGUCAUGAUAUUCAUUCUGUUUAAGGAGAUAACAAUACAUUAAAUCAUUGGAUUUAUGAAUUUGAUAGUCAGUCUUUUGUCUUUGCUAGUAGAUUCACAAAAUUUUUGUCUAUGUAUGAUGGAGUUCAUUUGUUAUUAAAAGAUAGAACUGAUGUUGGAAAAGAAUUUGUUCCUUCAAUUAUUUAUUCAAAGAAAGACCCAAAUCAUAUCUAUUCAGACUAUUCUCCUGCUCAUUAUUAUCAUAAUUGGAGAUUUAACAAUGUCUAUAAAAACUUAGAAACACCAAAUAAAUGA